AUGUUGAACUGGCUGACGCUACCGGUUUUUUGGGACUCCGAGCUGGAUGAGUUCGGAGGUCCUACUCCUGAUGCUGUACUCAAGUGUUUGCAGUUGGCAGGAAUAGAAGGAGGGGGGCAGAAGGCAGUAACAGGGCUUGGAUGGAUCCUGCUUACUGUGCUCUGCGAGGUUUGGGAACAAUUGGAGGCCACUCAAGGGAGGGUGCGCCAGCAAAUGGAGGAGAUGGCUGUUUCGAAGGAUCAGCAGGCUCUUCUAAGGGAAGCGCUGGAAAGAGCCAGAGGAAGAGGGGAUGUAGCAGAAGGGCGGGCCACUACUAUGGCCAUUCGGUUUGCUAAGUUAAAACAUUGCCAGCAGGCGAGGAAAGGGAUUAUCCCCAGCCCAUAUAAAGUACGGGCUUUGGUUGCCUCUAGGGAUUGGAACCCUGAGACUUGGGAUGGGGAUAACUGGGAUUCAGGUGAUGAUGAGUGUGAAUGGACUGAGGAUGAGGAAGGGGAUGAAAGCACAUGGGUGGCUGCAGCACGGCCGCUGAUUACUAAUAAGAGCAAAGGGCCACCUGGUAACCCACAGGCUACUCAAACAACUAGGAUUGUUAGAGAUUGCACGCAGCAGGAGUUAGCUGACGUAGCAAGAAAUAACAGGCAGAAUCCAGGGGAAAGACUGAGUCAAUGGUUGGUGAGACUGUGGGACCAAGGAGCUAGCAGUAUUUACUUCACUGCAGGUGAAUUAAUUAAAUUGGGCACAUUGACCAGGGAUACAAUGAUUAACCAAUACCUACGUACCCCUAACCCUGGUGCCGCUGCAUCUCUGUUUGAGUGGGUUGCGCAUGCAGUCCGGACUAGAUACCCUGCCAUAAUGGACUGGGAGGAACAAAUGCCCCUAUGGCAUACAAUCGAUGAAGCAGUAGAGCAGUUGCGAGGGAUGGCUAUGCAGACUGGACUUUACUUGCAAGGGUUUGUAAGGCCUGAUGUUCAGUGUUUUACUGCAGAAAUGAGAGCACGUGUAAUGAAGGGCGCCCCUCCCCACAUGCGAGGUCCCCUGUUAGCAUUGCUUGGACCUGCACAGGGGAUAGCAGUGGGGGAGGUGGUUGUGUUGUUAAGUCAACUAGGAGAGGUCCACAGAGAGAAUGUUGCCAAACCCCGGACACGUGCGGCAAGGGAGGGGGAGAAGUUUCAGGAAGUCAAGUCUAGGCAAGCCAAGAAGCCGGCUGAUAAGGUGACACGGAGGCAAAUGUUUAUGGAGCUUCUCAAGGCAGGAGUGCCUAAAGUGGACAUUGACGGUAUGGCCACAGCUGAAAUAUAA